CAUCACUUUUACAUUUUAAAACAAAGUCCAGGAGCUGCUUUAAUAUGAGUGAUGACAUCCGUGUGGCUAUUUCAAAAAAAGUUCCUCGUUUCUCAGACAUCAUUGAACAGAAGCUACAGCUACAGCAGAAGUCACUAUACCACAUCUGGAACAGUAGCUGCAAUUGGAGUCAUCGCCUGAUUAAGCUGACAGUAAUCCAUAGUCCUUCUCCAGAUCCAUCAACCUGCACAGAACAAACAGGUGAAUGUGAUAGAUAUUAAGCUAUGAUGGUGGGACUCUUAUCUGCAGUUUCCUCUAGGAAUGUGGUAUUGCUUACUACCUUAGUAAGGAGGGGAAUUUCUGGGAGCUUCUACUUCGCCCUUUUUACCACAAUAGCCCUCACUCCAUGGAUCAGAGAGCAAAUUUGGGGAUUCUGCCAGUAGUUGAGUAUGUGUAUUCCACGUACACAUUCAAGAACUGGAGCUGUAACCUCUAGGUUCUUAGACCUACUAGGCUCUCUGUAAGUUAAACUUGGGCCAAUACUUCAUUCAUUACCUGACCACCAUUAGCCCCCACCUUGACUGAUGGACUAUAAUAGAGUUUUAGGUUCCCAGGAAUUAGAAUUAGUUCAGGGCCAGUGCCUAUUAAUCCCCAAAAGAGCUGAGGAUUUUCUUUUUUUGCAAUACGCAGUCAUCCUUUUAAACACUGCAGAUCUCUGGGGAAGUCUUGGAGAAAGGUUUAUAGUAUAUACUUGUGGCAGUGUUGUGGAGUCCUUAAGGGAACUCAGCACAUCCGCCAAUCAGGGGACUCUGGAUCUGAAAACUGCCUUGGGUCUGGAAACAAGGAGAGGCUAUGACUCUCUCUGUAGUAACUUUAGUCAGAUUUCUGAGCAUCAGACCUAAGAGUUUUUCCUGUUGUAUAGAUCAAAUAAUAUUUUAGUAGACUGCCCAUCUAUUUCAUUCCUAGAUCCACUGUACCAAUUAGCUAAUGUAUUAGUAGGGUUCUCCAGAGAAACAGAACCAGGAUGAUAUGAAUAUAUAUGAUUAUAAGGAAUUGGCUCAGAGAAUUAUGGAUGCUAACAAGUCCAAAAUCUGCAGGGUUUUGGCCAGCAGCCCAGAGAGCCAGGAGAGCCGUUGCUGCAGUUGUAGUCUGAAAACAGUCUGCUAGAGAAUUCUUUCUUGCUUAGGGGAGCUUGGUCUUUUUAUUCUAUUCAGGCUUUCAACUGAUUGGAUGAGGCCCACCAAAAUUUUGUAGGGCAAUCUGGUUUACUCAGAGUCCAUCCAUUUAAGUGUUAAUCUUAUCCAAAAACACCCUCACAGAAACGCCCAGAAUAAUGUUUGACCAAAUAUCUGGGCACACGGUCACCCCGCCAAGUUAACACAUAGAAUUAACCAUGACAGCUACUAUCAAUGAUCCCUGUGGGUCAAAACAUUCUAAUUACCAUUUUGUCCCUGGUGUGCAUUUUGUUAAAUGCAUCUGCCUUAUCUCUAAUGACAGAAUGCUGCCACUUGGACUCUGCCACUCUAGGAUCCCAUCAACCUCACUGCAGUCAGUGAACUCAUCUCAGUGGCAGCAUCUUCUGCCAUCAAACCAGCCUACGGAGAACAACCACCACAGAGAUUGUCAAGGGUAUUGGUGGACUCCUUAAUGUAUUGCUCAAUACCUAGUGAACGAGUGUCCUCUGGGCCCCCUUGAACCAUAAAGUAGUGGGGGGUAGUGGGUGAGGGAAGGUUGAAGGUCACACCUGGUAAGUUUGCUCCAACAUUUCUAUCUCCCUAAGUCUUUGAAUUCCUUUCUCCACAUUAUGCCAGGGAAGUUCUGGGAUCUCAAACUCAUUAUAUUUAAGUCACUGUUGAGUCCAAAUUUCUGUCAUCCAAGUAAAUAAAUUCUUAAUGCAAGCUAACAUUAAAUCCAGAAUCGCUGAUAAGUAUGCACGUAUCGGUAAAUUUGGCCUAUUAUAUUCUGUGCUCUUUAGUCUAAUGCUCUUAGAAUGCCAUUCCCACACAUACUCACCAGGUUUCUGCCUAUGUCGAUUAGAAAAGUCUUGCUGUUCUUUGGAUUAUAAAAUCUUUCCUUUGGGAUCAGACUUUGUACUUGUUCCCUUGGAAUAUGCUGGAUUUCACCCUAGUUAGGCAUCUAGUGGCAACAAGAAGUAGGUGGGGUCGGUCUUGAAGAGUAUAGGCAUCUCCUUGAAAGGCACUUGCCUCAGGUGAGGUUAUUACAAGGACUUCAGGCUACUCUCAGACAUGGAAGGUGAAGGCAAGGCAGGCUCAGAGUGACUUAGGGGUUAAGAUUUUCAGCUUCGUCUGAGUCCAUGCAGAUGUUCUCAUUCCAAAUCUUGCGGACAGUUCCCAAUCCUCAUCCUAACUUUCACUGAAAGAUGGAGGCUGUGAAUUCAAUUUACAUUUAACUCUGCAACCCUCACAAUUAAAUAUUGUGUCUGAAUUUGCAGCUACAAAAGAUUUGAGAUAUUUCAGAACUGCCAUAGAUUCUCUCUAGUUCUCUGACUGAGACUUGAGCUGAGAUUUUAAAUAGCUGAGUGUGUCCUUUUCUUUCUGUAAGCACUUCAGUGCACUCAGAAGAAGGCAUCCCACCCCACAGUCCUUGUAGUCAUCAUUAUUCCAGGCAGCCGCUUGGUCGCCAGGCACCUGCUUCAGGAGGUUCUUUAUCACAAUAAUCUACAGUCAAUAAUUUGACUAAUCAGUACCACUCCAUGCCAUGGGUUACUAGCAUCCCCUUUCCAUGACAAGGAGCUCAACAUUGCAUUCAAAUCUGAAGACUAACCCAGGCAUGUGAAAAAAUUCCAUCUUGGAGGGUCUGUUUCCUGAGGCUCCUGGUACCGAUUUCUGUAUCAGUCAAGGCUCAGUCAGGGGACACAAACCUCACCAGUUACUUUUGCAGAGAGAAUUUAAUGUAAAGAAUUGUUAACCGAGUAUUGGAGAGCUGGAAAGGCAAAAGGAAUACUGUAGUAAAUACAGAAAGUUACCAUCCUAGGGCUGGGAGAACAAGGAGAAGAGCUUGGGAUUAAUACAACUGAGAGACUUGGAUGAAGAGGCCCAUGGAGCUGGGACAGAGAAGACAUCUGCCAGCUGAUACCGGUAUGUCUGAAGAAGCAUAAUGAGGCUGGUUCUGAGAGUGUGGAAAAAAUGUAAAUUUGAACCAGCUGCUCCUACAGGAAAUAACUCUCUAAUUGCCAGGGUGAGGAACUGUUGCUCCGGUGAGGCUGACAGUAACAGGAAGCAAAACAGAAAGGAGCGGGUUCCUUUCCACUCCUCUGGACUUCCGGUCUCUUUCUAGUGCCCCAACUGGAAGACAAGCAGAAGGCCAGCUGGCAAAGGAGAACUGUGAUUUGCAAAGUCCCAGCCCUGGCAUCUCAUGGCCUAGUUUGAAGCUAAGAGACUAUAGCUUAAUAACCAACUCUGUGUGUUCGUGUGUUCAGGUGUGUUUUUGGAGCCACUUUAAAGUGAAUUUCCUACAUCAUGUCUCUUCACCCCUCCUACUUUGGCAUGCAUCUCGUAAGAAUAAGGGUAUUAUGCUAUACAACCACAAAACCAUUAUUCACACCCAAGAAAAUUAAUGAUUCUCUAAUAAUUGCCUAAUACUCAGGCCAUAUUCAAAGUUUCUCCAGUUGCCCUCAAAAUAUCUUUUAUUCCUAAUUUUUUUGAACCACCUAAUUUUUUUCUGACAACAUUUUGAAGAAUGUCCCACUCUCUGGAUUGCUUUCUCCUAUGUCAUCUCCUUUGAUUUCUGCUAAUCAGAGGUUAGGUCUGAAGGCUUGAUUAAAUUUAGGUUAAAACCGUUAAUGCACCGUAUAAUGUCAGGUUGUUUUAGCCUUGGUGAUGCAAAAUUUCCUUGUGUGGUUAGCAGAAUGGCCACCUGAUCUCUCCAUUGUAAAGGGAUGUUUUUCUCUUUCCACUUUUUUAAGACUAUGUUUUAUUUUUAAUACAUAAUACAGGCAUAGGGUAAAUUGAACAGUGCAGCGAAGGCUGUACCUCCCACCUCGUCUCUCGCCUCCACGGUUCUCCCCAGAGGCAGCCGCUCUUACCAGAUUAGGUAUCUUUAAAGAGAUGGUUACACAUAAACAAGUGUGUGUGUGUUUGUGAGUGUAACCUUUCUCCUUCAUAAGGAGUAGCACAUUAGACACACUCUUGUUUGCUUCAAGGUUUUUAGUUUUUAUUAUACCCAUCAUAAGUGGAUGAGACAUGUAGAGCUAAGUGUCUUCUGAGUGUUAUGUAAAAUAAAUCUGUAGACGUCUCUGAAAUACAAGAUUUAGAGAAAUUAGUCUCCUACUUCACAACAGCUAACACAUAAAAAUUUUUUUAUCCUCUAGCUCAGUCUCAUUUAUACAGUUUAAUCAUGCCUCAUUUCCUCAAUCUGAAAUUUCUGCUUUUCUUCCCAGCCAAAAGGCAGGAAUAGACCCUAUAUUUCUCAUGUUCCUUCCCAAAAUUAUGCUGACAAAAGAUGGCAAAGCCUUGGUUUCUAUACUCAUUCAUAGGCUGCUUUCUCAAACCUUGAUUCCAUAAAACAGAAGCCUCUCAACCUCCAUAGCAGCGCAUUUCCCUCCAAUCAAAUGCCUGCUCGCUUCUGAUCCACACUCUGAGUUGAGAAACCUUAUCAAGAGCUUUUUGCCUCAGCUUCCAAAAUGAAGUCUCUCCAACUGAGGCCCUUCAAAUAACAUCUGGAAACGGAUUGGAUCUUUUCUGGGUCAUUUCCUGCUGAAUGUAAGUGGUGUCUAUUUUGGUCUGACUUCAUUUGCUCUGGGACGCUAGUUGGCUCAGGGCUCUAACUUUCCUCAAAGCUUACGCCAGAAGAGCCUCUCAGAACUCCCUGGGUCUCCUUUUCCUUCCUGUGACAACUGCUCUGCUUGUUGGAGCCUCUGCCCAGCUAAAUGUGGUCCAGUAGAAGGAAUGUCUGCCUGGGCAAGAUCUGAGCUCUCCCCACCUGCACCUCCCCCACUGCGUGACCGGGGGAGGCCUGCUUCUGUGCCUCCGUUCCUCUGGCUGUAUGAUGAGAGAAAUACUUGUCCCACACUUGCAAGGUUGGAACAGACUGCUCUUUGAAAGGUUUUUUUUUAAAAGAAAGCAUAUAAUCCCUCUGCCUGAAGUUACCACCGUCAUGAGUUUGAUAUGUAUUCUUCCAGAGCUUUUAAAAAAAUACUCUUACAUAGGAGAAAAAAAAAAAAGGGUAUAAUUGUAAGGGGUUUGCCACAUCCCCAGAUCCAACUCAUCCAUAAGAGCAAAGGAAGAAUUUCCAAGAACUGCAACACAAUAUAUCCUUUAUUUUUUAUUUUAUUGAUGGGAAGGGUGUUGAAUAUGUAAUAGAUACCCAUGUUUUUAAAAAUCAAGCUGCUCCAAAAGACCUACCAUGAAAAAUAAGUCUCCCUCUUACCACUGUUUUCCAAUUCCCCUCUCCAGAUACAAUGUCUUGUGUUACAAUUUUCUGUAUAUCCUUCUACAGAUUGCUUAUGCUCAUACAUCCAUGUGUUUAUGUGCAUUUUCCUCACCUCUUCUUUUUUUAAUUUGGAUAACAGCAAACUACACAUUGUUCUGCUCCUUAUUUUUUUCACUAAACAACAUAUCCUGGAGAUAAUUCCAAAAUAGUACAUAGAGUUCUGCCUCUCUGUAUAUAUGUAUAAUGAUUUAUUUAAUUAGUCCCCUAUUGCUAGACAUUUAGAGUGUUUCCAGUCGUGUAUUAGUUCAAACAAGGUUGCAAUGAAUAUCCCUAUAUUCACUUCCAGGAUGAGUUACUAGAAAUAGAACACCUCUGUCAAAAAAUGCAUAUUUUUAAUUAUUAUAAAUCUGUCACCUUUCCUUGCAUUUCAGCUAUCAUCUAAGUGAUAUAAUACACAGAGCAGCCAACACUCACUCCAACAUCACCGUCCUUCUGUGCAAUGGCAGCAUGUCCUUUCUAUCAACAGCUGUCUCCCCAGUGCUGCCACAUUAGUGAGACUCCAUCUGGAAUGAUCUCAUUCUAGAGAAUUUCGCAGCCCCAAAGCCCCUUGUUGAAAGUAAGCAUUGUCAGCUUGGGUCUUGGCCAUUAGGUGUUUGGAAUGAUUCAAUAAUUGUUUUUAAACUCUCUUUUGUAUGAGAAUUGGAGAAAGGAAAGGGUUGAAAAAGGCAAAAAGGGAGCCCAGGAAGACCUACGUUUUCAUAAUGGAUCUAAGUCAAGAUCUUAGACUUUCCUUGUCUUCACUCCACAACUACCUACCAAACCGCUGAAGCUCUCUGGACUUCUUUGUCCUCAUGUGCAAAAUGAAGACCACAGACCAAAUUAUUUCUCAGGACCUUUCCUCCUUUGAGAAUCUGAAGCUACAAAUGCAGUGUAGGUCAGGGGCACUUCUCCCAACAUCACCAAAUUCAAAAGGCAAGAGAUGUCACAAAUCAGUACAUUAUUAAUAUCCAAAUGGGUGGUACAAUUGAGAAGCAAUUUAGACAGUGGUGUGCUGGUAAACAGGCUGGGGGCUGGGUUGGGAGAAAGAGAGCCUUGAUUUGUAGCAUUUGCUGAUUUCUGUAGUGUAAUUGACUAUUUUGAUGAUUUCAAACUGCCAACAUGACAUCACUAAACUCAGAGUUGGAAAGAGGCACAGAAUUAGCUGCUGGCUUCAGCAAACCACCAGUUAGGAAUUCAAAGAAUUUUCUUCAGUUCUGUGUUGAAAAGACUUCAUGAAAGAGGAGAGAUUUGUAUUAGGCCUUGAAGGAUACUGUAUUAGGACUCUUUCCAUGGUAGCUGACAGAAACCAUUCAAACUAGCUUAAAGAAAGGGAGAGAAAGAAUAUGAGAAUGUGACUAUUUUAGUACAAGUAUCUGAACAAAGGGCUCUAAUAAUAUGGUCACAGCACUGUUCUCUCUACCUUUCACUUCCUGAAUCUGCUUCUAUUUGUGUAUUGAUAACAUUGUCUCCCGCCAUAAGCAGGCUCUCUCCAAGUGGCAGGAAAUACGCUAGUGGCAGCCCAGAGCUAUAGCCUCACAGUUAACAAUUCAGAAGCAAAGCAAUGCCCUCUGGUGGAAAUCACAUGGAAAGACUCUGAUUGGCUCUGCUUGGGUCUCAUGCCCACUGUUUGGGCUCAUAACUGGGCAUAAAGAAAAGAAUACCUGGUCCACAUGGUGCCCUGCCCCUGCAGCCAGAGGGCAGGCAGAGCACUAGGAUGGACCACUCGUCCCACCACCAAUACUCAUGAGAAUCAUCCAAACAGAGUUCCCCAAUGGACAGAGGGGUACUGGGCAGAUAAAAGCCAUGAGUUUCUAGUAGACAUGUGGAUGAGUCUUUGUGGAGAAGCAGAAGAGUUGGAGAUAGUUAGAGGAGCAGCAUAAGUGGAGGUGCAGAAACAUAGAAGUUGAUGGUGCUUUGGGGAGUCAGCAAGAAGACCACCCUGACAAAAGCAAGGCUGCCCACAGGACAGUGGUUCUCAACAGAGGGCAAUUUUCCCCCUCUGGGGACGUUUGGCAAUGUCUGGAGACGUUUUUGGUUGUCACAACUGGGGAUGGGAGAGCUGCUACUAUUUUCUAGAGGGCAGAGGCCAGAGAUCCUGCUAAACAUCCUACAAUGCACAGGACAGUCCCCACAACGAAGGCUUAUCCAGCCCCAAAUGUCAGUAUUGCUGAGGUUGAGAAACAUGGCCCUACAGGAGAAGUGGCUGGGAAGAUGUCAAAUCAAAGAGGGCUUCCAGUUAGUGAGGCUCCAGAAAGCCUAAGGAGUUGAGGCUUUAUCCUGCAACUAUUCCACAGGCGAGCAUUACAAAGAUGUGGAGAAAGGCUGACAUGGCUUUGAUACUCUCUGCUCCUUCUUUGCCAGCUUUGCAUAGCUGGCCAUUUUUCAUCCUUUGCAACUCAGCUUAAAUGUUACCUACUCAAGAGAUCUUCACAGAUCUCCCAAUCAAAAUAAGUUCUCUCACAGACGUCCAUCAUCGUCUCCCACAGUUCCCUCUUCUUUUCCUUCCUAACUCUAAACCACAACUCUGACUUACAUGUUUAUUUGGGCGAUGGUUGAACAUCCGUCUCCUCAUAAGUAUCAUGGAGACAGAGGCCUCGCUUAUCUGUUCCUUACUGUGACCCCAACAUUAAGCAGAGUGCGUUUUGCAUCACAGUCAUAUCAUAUUUAAUCGAUUGAUUAAUGUGAAGGUUGAUUAUGGGAUUGAAGAGAGCUGGAGGAUAGGAGGUGGGGUUGAAAGAGGAAAGGAAGGCAGUCCUCUGGAUUUCUCCCCUGCUCGCUCUGACCCACCCUCAUCUCCCUUCUCUGACUUUCACAGGAUCUAGAGUUCACAGCAUGACAGAUCAGUUAGGGUUCAAGUGAGAUGCAACACCCUUCUAGCAAUUUUCAGCAGACAGGAUUUAAUAAAGAGAGUCAAGAGAAUUCAGAAUCACUGCCCAGCAAGUUCCGGCCUGGGCCUCCGGGAAUGACUCCCAGAACACCACCGCAGUACUGACACCCCGAGGGAACUACUAUUUCUGGCACAAUAUGGAAGCUAGGAAUUGAGGGAGAGACUGGCCCAGCCGCUGGCUACAGGAACACACCAUCUGAGGUGUAAUCUGGGGACCCGGAGCUGCUGCCAGGACUCCAGAGCCAUACUGCCCCUUUUGGGUCAGCAUCAGCAAGUGGAUUCCUCCCAAGCUGCUGCCUCCUCUCCAUCAAACUCAAUUUUUUUUCCUAACUCAAUUUUGAACUCAGGUCUCGCAGAAGCACACAGGACUGGCUAAACCUAAAUUACAAUGAGAACCCCAGCAGCAAGGAGUCUAGGAAACGGGUUUUUACAUUCCAGCCUCUGUAGCAUAGGAAGGCACACCUGAGAGAGGUUUGAACAGGUGUGAAACAAGCCAAUCAACCACGUCUGGCACAUGGCUGCCCCUGCCAGAUUGUAAACUCUCUGUGGCCGUCAGUGUCAUAAUGUCAUUCAUCUUCUCUCAUUCGAUGCUGGACAUGUUCUCCAGACUCGAAUGGAACUGUGAAAUGAAAUGAAUCAAACAAAGGGGAAAGCCUCCUCAUUUCUUAUAGGACGCUGUACCUUUCCUGUGGUGCUAUCGCAUUUUGCUUCUUAAUUUGUGUUCUCAUUCAUUUUCCAUGUGGACCAGAAGUUCAUCUCCUUGUCCCCACACUCAUAAUAGGUCAUAAAUGUUUUCAGAUUGAAUUAAAGACAGACACAGGCUAGAGGGAGGAAGUCCUGAGGUCCCUUCUAGCUUGAGGCAGCUCCUGGAACAGCCAUUUCAUGCGUAUUUUGGAUUUCCUGCUACGUGAAGCUAUCUCCAUUGCAAGGACCCACAGGACAAGGCCCCAAGGACUGCUCGACUCCAGGAGACCUGGGUUCCAGCGCUCCUCCAAAAGUUGGAUAAACAUCCACUCCCAUUCAUUCAGCCAGUAAACAUUUACUGUUGUAAAAGUAUGGCACCACAGCCUUUCCCUAUACUUUUCAUUCACCAUUUCCUUUCCACAAGAGCAUGCCAGUGAUUUCAACUUCUGUCGCCAUGGAGCCCCGUGGGUAACACACGGAGAUUCCUACUGCACCCUGGAAGACGGGCUUUCCUGAGCCUUCGAGAUUCUGGAUAGCCUCCAGGCAUUGUGAACAGAGUUUCUUCACCCUUUCCAUCCCUGACUCAUCUGGGGACAGACCAAGGUGCCCACAGGGGGUGGUGGAUGGAGGUCCCCUUUCCAGCCAUAUAUGAAUCAGCACACCAAACUCUACUUCACAUGUCGUCUUUCAGUCAUGUUCAUUGCACACUCCUCCCCUACAACCGGACAAGUUACAGUCAUCCCUCAGGGCUCAAUGGAAACAUCUCUUCCCCAGGCCUUCCCCUGACCACCCAGUUGUAUACACAAUGUUUUUCUCUACUGUAACACUCAUUUCACUUGGAACCACUUGUGUCAUCCCCACUAGACCCUAAGUUCCAUGAGGAUAGGCACCAUAUCUAUUUGGUUUACCUCUAUAUCCCUGGCACCUAGCUCAGGGACUGACACAUGAUAGAUGCUUAUUAAAUGUUUGUUGAGUGAAUGUUUGUUGAGCCCACUAACUUUCAUCCUCAAAUAAUAUUUAUGUAAUAUUAACAAUAAUUCUCUACAUAGUUCAGUGGCUUACCAAACACUUUUACGAGUGAGUGCCCCAACUUUGGGAGGAAAGACAAUGCAGUAAUAUCAUCAUUAUUCUCCCUACAUUUCAGAAAAUGAAACAGCAUCUAUAACGUAACUGACUUGUCUAAGGUAUUGGAACCAGCAUUAGAGUUCGAAUGCAUAUCUGCAUUAAAAUUCUGACUGUAAACCUUGGGUUAUAUACAAUCUGUUAACCAGAUGCUCUGGCAGCUGAGCAAAAUACUGGUAGCUGGUGAAAGAGAGCAGUGGACGGAACAGGGAGAAGCAAAAGUCAGGCUUCUGAUGAUUCUUCUCUUCUCUAGUGUCUGCUUGCUACCUGAGCAGGAUGGCUCUGCCUGCUCUGGAGCAGAGACCCUCCAGCAGGCACACACACCUCUCCCAGUAACGAGGCUGGGCCAGAGUUAGUGAGGCCUCAUCUUCUGGGGAGGAGAGAGCUGAGGGCUAUCACGCAUGGGUACCUGUCCACACUAUUAUGUACGUGCACACUCACGUCUGGACAAAGUCCACACCAAGGCUUGCUUACAUAUACACACACACAGGAUGAGCCACUGCACAAACAGGUACCACACAUGCAUUAUGCACAUGCACACUGAUAUGUGGUUAUGCACUCUCAUACAAACAUUUAAACAUGCACCAACACACAGUCAGCCACUAUCGUGUGUACUCAGCAACUGAAGUACAUUCCAAUUGCACACCAAGCUGCAGUCUUGGACACGGUGUGUAUAUGUACAUACACCAGCCCUGAUGCACGUGUGGACACAUGCACUUAUGAAUGCCCACACAUAGAUAACUAAGCACGCACACGCGAUUCAUGAUCACUCUCAAGUACACGCACGUUCAGUACGCAGGAAAAGGUACUCUGUUAUAAGCUGUCCUGCCCCCAGCACCCUCAGAUCCUCAGUGAGAUGCAUGUUCACGUGCAAGCAACACAGAUGGCUCUUGACACACGCAGACGUACCCACACCCUUGCAAACGCCUGCGUAACGAUCACUCUCGUGCACGUAAACUUUCAAAUACACUGAUAAGUUCUACACACAGAGAUUCAUCGACACACGCAAGCUGUCACUAGCCCUGGGAGCCCGCAACCGAUGCUGAAGAGAGAGCGCGGAGCUUCUCGCGGGCCCACGUGACCGGAGGAAGGCGCCCCCGCCCAUGACGGGAUGGGAAAAGUAUGCCUGGGGCGGGCGCCGGCCGGGCCGCAGCUGCCGCGGGAGGCGGGGUCGCGAGCACGGCCGAGGGCUUCGUCGCUCCGGACGCCCCGGGACGUGGCCGGCGGGAGCGAGGGUGACCACCAUGAUCCCCUGGGUGCUCUUGGCCUGUGCCCUUCCAUGUGCGGCCGACCCACUGCUUGGUGCCUUCGCCCGCAGGGACUUCCAGAAGGGCUCCCCACAGCUCGUCUGCAGCCUGCCUGGCCCCCAGGGCCCACCUGGCCCCCCAGGAGCCCCCGGGCCCUCAGGAAUGGUAGGAAGAAUGGGCUUUCCUGGCAAAGAUGGCCAGGAUGGCCAGGACGGGGACCGGGGGGACAACGGAGAGGAAGGUCCACCUGGCCGCACAGGUAACCGGGGAAAGCCAGGACCAAAGGGCAAAGCUGGGGCCAUUGGACGGGCCGGCCCUCGCGGCCCCAAGGGGGUCAGUGGUGCCCCAGGGAAGCACGGCACACCAGGCAAGAAGGGGCCCAAGGGCAGGAAAGGGGAGCCGGGCCUCCCAGGCCCCUGCAGCUGCGGCAGUGGCCGUGCCAAGUCCGCCUUCUCGGUGGCAGUGACUAAGAGCUAUCCGCGGGAGCGGCUGCCCAUCAAGUUCGACAAGAUCCUGAUGAACGAGGGUGGCCACUACAACGCGUCCAGCGGCAAGUUCGUCUGCGGCGUCCCGGGGAUCUACUACUUCUCCUACGACAUCACGCUGGCCAACAAGCACCUGGCCAUCGGCCUAGUGCACAAUGGCCAGUACCGCAUCCGGACCUUCGAUGCCAACACAGGCAACCACGAUGUGGCCUCAGGCUCCACCAUCCUGGCUCUCAAGCAGGGGGACGAGGUCUGGCUGCAGAUCUUCUACUCCGAGCAGAAUGGACUCUUCUAUGACCCUUAUUGGACCGACAGCCUCUUCACGGGCUUCCUCAUCUACGCAGACCAGGACAACCCCAAUGAGCUGUAGACAGGCAGGCGUUGGGUCUCCAGGGGGAACAGCCUCCUGGACUUGUGCUUCCAGAGCAAGACCCCUAAACUGUCUGCUGGGGGCCGUGAGUUGGGACCUUCUAGCCUCAGGCCAACCUCCCCUGCCUCUUUUUUCUCCAUCAUUAAAUCCAAGCUUUUUUAUUCAUCCUUCCAUCUAUCCAUUCAGUAAUUUUUUUGGCAUCUACUGUGCGACAGGCACUGUGCUCUGCUCUGGAAGGUACAUCAGUGAACGAGACAGACAGAGGCUCUGUCCUCAUGGGGCUCACAUGCUAGUGGGAGAUAUAACCUGCCAAAAAUAUAAUUAUUGUGCCAGGAUGGAAGUGCACAUGCCACGCUCAAGAGUAACAGGGGACAGGGAAGAGGUUGAAAUUUAUUUUUAGAUUUCAUCGUUUGAGGUUUACUCAUGUCCAGUAAAGUCUACAAAUUGUAA